CGGGGCCUGACACUACUUCCUGUAAGAGAAGCUCAGUCAGCUGUCACAAUCCGACGAGCGAGAAGAGGGCUCACAGGCCGAGAGAAGCACACCAGCUAAAAUGUCGAGUUUUAACAGCAAGUUUGACGCAUACUCGAUGACUCAACUCAACGAGUUUCUAGAAGACGACGAAAAACUCUCCAAAAUGGUCCAGCAGAUGGAUGAGGUGCAGGAGGUGCAGCAGAGCAAGGCGUCGACGCUGGUCGGCAACCGAACCCUGGCGGAGCAGAACCUGGCCCUGCAGCCCACACUGGAUCACAAGAAGGAGGAGCUCACCAAGCGCUACAACAGUCUUCAGGAGGACUUUGAGUCCUACCAGCUCCGCAAAUCCACCCUAGAUCACAAGUCUGGAAACAUCUCCCUGGACAUCUUGCUGGCCCUGCUGCAGGCGGAGGGGGCCAAAAUAGAGGAAGAGACGGAGAACAUGGCCGACUCGUUCCUGGAUGGCGACAUGACCCUGGAGUCCUUUGUCGACGGAUACCAGAGCAACAGGAAGCUGGCCCACUUGAGACGGGUGAAGAUCGAGAAGCUGCAGGAGAUGGUGCUGAGCGGUCACCGGCUCCCCCAGGGGUCCGUCCCCAACUCCCGAUCUCAGGAUGUGUCGGCGGGCAGACUCUCCUCCGCCUCCCCCUUCCUCAGCGAGGCCGAUAGCCCAUCCCCCGUGGCCCAGCCCAGGAGGAAACCCCCACUCCCGCCGUCCCAGCCAGCUCCGGUUCUAAAUCCGGCUCAGGCAGCCGCCCCCCAGCCUCCCCAAGCCUUCUACUCGGCGUCGCCGUACCCACCGAUUCCUCCCAGGACUGGCCAGGUCUUCCCCAACGUCCCCUCUGGCUACCCGAACCACUUCCUGUCUCAAUACCCUCCCGCUGUGCCUCAGCGGGCCCCGCCCCGCAUGGCCCCGCAGCCCGGCUUCAUCAUGCAGUAGGUGAACAAAGGCAACUGCCGCUGCAAGAGGAGUGUGCGUCGCAAACUAUCCACUACCAGAACUCCACGGGAACGAUAUAUAAAUAUAUAUAUCUCCUUUUUUCUUCUUUUUUUUUCCUACAAUGGCGGCCUCUCUUGGAAUACAACCAAUUGGAAGGCGGGAGGGCAGACCCCGCCGGGUUGUGUCCAGCUAAUCCGAUAAUCUGUGGAUCCGCUAUCACUUCUCGCGCCUGUUAACACUCCCAACAGCCAAUGGACAACCAAUACAAAAAGGGGCGGGAUCGGUCCGGGCUGUCCCCGGGCCCGGACGCAGGCCGUCUGAGCUGGGACCACUGCGUCUCCUGCUGGUGCUCACCCAUCUCUCCACAUCCCCUUGUUUUAAAAGGGUUUGAUUAGUGAUUUCCAUCCAUGCAUACAUCUUAAUUCAAAUGCAAGCAAAGAGACCCCAAUUACUGUGCAGUAAUCCAAAAAUGCAUUCAGGCGAAAACUGCAUCACACGCCGUGACUUGCAUAUUUAAAAUUGUAAGAAAAAAAAAUUCACAAGGUACGUGGAGAUAUUAGAGUGCCGGUGUCGGUUUAACCAUAUACUACUAAUGAUUUAACUUGUGUAUAAAAAGGAAGGGCUGUGGUUGGCAUGUCUCUUCUCUGAUAUGCGGACGCUUCGUCUAGAGAGAGAGAGAGAGAGAGAGCGGGCGGAGCUGCCCAGGCCCGACUGACCGGCUCGGCCCGUCUGUGGCAAAAGUAUAAAAAAGAAAAGGGGGUCGGCUGACCUUUUGUGACAAAUGACUCGGCCCCGUCGCCUGAAAUGAAGGAUUUUUCUUUUCUUGUAUAGCCAUACAGUACACUGGUUUGUUUUUCUGUGGGUUCCCGUUGUAAUGAAACACUUUUUGAUACAAUGUCUGUUGUCUUAAAUUUUCCUCAAUCGAGAUCAGAAAAUCCCUGCAACCGUUCUUGUGAGUUUCACACUUGAGCACCAAAGACUUUCACUCCGUGUUCAACGUGUUUUUUUUUUUUCUUCAUGCAAGUGAAACAUUUCGUGAACUAGUGCACCAUCGUCCCCUGACAUACCUGAUGUUGAACCUCAAACACAAUUUUGUAAACACGCAAGGGACAUUUCUCUUCUCGAGGAACUUGCGAGGUCAUUUUCUUUUCUCUGGUGUGAUCUGUGAUUUUUUUUUUUUCCUCCUCCCAACCGGUGUCGCUGUGCGCUGAUGAAGAGCCACGAGUGCCUACACUUGAAGUGACGUCAAUGGCGUCCGGCUGACUAACCCUGCAGUCUUUCUCUAUGAUCAGCUGUUGGGGUUAGAACAACCCCCCCCCCCCCCACCACCACCACCACCACUCCACCCCGCAGCAAACCGAGCUGUUGCUCCUCUUCCUCCUCCUCCUGCCGCUGCUGACUUCCAUUUCCGCCAGAUGGUCGGUGAAAGCCAGCCUCUGACUGGUGGCUGAUCGGGACAUUGCUUUCCCAACUAGAAGCAGCAACGCCGGGACAGAGCAAGGCCAACCCCCCCCCCCCCCCCCCCCCCCCCCCUCACCCCCCUCCUGCAUGUCUUGUCGCUGGGGAAAUAACAGGGCUUCGUAAAAUUUUGUGUCAUCUCAAAGCAGAGAAGCAGGGCGAACGAAGCACACCAGAAGAACCGAAAUGUCUGGACUGGAGCUAAAAACAUCAAGACUGAGAGAAACGGCAUUUCUUUAGAAAAAAAACUAACAAUGGAUAAUUGUGUGCAUGGCCAUUGCUCUUUAUUGUUUAGUCCAGUCUGAUGAUUCCUUUAAUAGUUCUUUGUUUAGCUGUUGAGCUGCUCUGUUCAAACUUCAUGGUUCUAUAUGUGGUUGGUAAUAUUUUCAGUGUAAUGUAGGUAUUUACGUAAGAUGAAUGUUUCUGUGCAAUUUAAUGCUAUUUUCCAGUUCAAUAAAUCUCCAAUUUUGUA